UGCAAAAGUGCCUGUAUUUGUUGGAGACAUUCAGCACUCUGUUGGAUUACUAAAGAUGCUGAUUGUCUUUUUGAGAGCAAAGACUGUACACAACCAGUUCAUCAUCUGAGUUAAGUUUCAGGUUGUGCCAUGGAGGCCUCGGAGAGAUAUCAGCAGAUCCUCAAGAAUCCACUGGUGUCCGUCGAUCAUCACCUCAACUGGGACGCACCUCAACUGAAAAGAUGAGUGAGUGGGCCAACAUGGCAUCAUCUACAGACACAGAGGGGAGGGACCUAAGUCCUGUGGAUUUCAUUCAACUGCAACAGUAUAUGGAAUAUAGCAGCACGAGAGUGAAAGAUGUAAUGAGGGAGUUUCAUGCUGGUGGGCGAUUAGUUCAACACAGGUUUGGAGAGCGUAUCAAUGCAGUGGGCUUCAGUCUGUUCCUUAAGACCUACCUGGAGGUGGAAGACUUCCCUGCUGACUUCAGCCAACGUUUGUUCCACUACUUCCAGAAUGCUGAACGGGAUAGCACUAUGAAUAGUCCUCCACCCAAGGGUGGUGGGGUCUUUCUCAGGGAUGUGUCUUGCUACUUUUCUGUGCUGGAGGAGGGGCAGCCACAGGACAAACUGGAAUUUACUUUUAAACUUUAUGACAAAGACGGCAAUGGCCUACUGGAUAGUUCUGAGGUGGAUCGGAUCAUCACCCAGAUGAUGCGCGCGGCAGACUACCUAGGUUGGGAUGUGACUGAACUCAGACCAGUGCUGAAGGACAUGAUGACAGCUAUUGAUGCGGAUGGCAGUGAGACAGUGACCCUGGAGGAAUGGGUGAAAGGAGGCAUGAACAACGUUCCCCUGCUUGUGCUGCUUGGACUGAAGAAAACAGAGAGGGAUGGUCAGCAUAUCUGGAGAAUGAAGCAUUUCAACAAACCAACCUACUGCUAUGUGUGUCAGAACAUGCUGCUGGGUCUGGGGAAGCAGGGCCUCUGUUGCACCUUUUGCAAGUACACUGUCCAUGGUCGCUGUGCAAACAAAAACCCUGAUCCAUGUGUCCACACCUUCGUCAAAACCCCCAAAUUAAUUGGGGUGCGAGCUCAUGAUUGGAUCAGUUCAGACUGUGACUCCAGUAAGUGUCAGCUCUGCCACAAGAAGAUCAAGACCCUGGCUGGGAAACAGUGUGUGUGGUGCCACCAGAUGCGCCAUGAGGACUGUGUACCAUUGGGGUCAUCAGCAUGCGACUGUGGAUCACUGCGAGAUCACAUACUGCCACCAUGGGCUAUAUAUUCAGCUUCAAAGGAGGUCGGUGGUCCCAGUUGCCCUGAUGACACUAACCUGCGAGACAUAACUCCAGAUGGACACCUUCUGCAGAUUGUCCCAGUUCCAGACAUCCACCCGCUUCUUGUGUUUGUGAACCCAAAGAGUGGAGGAAAUCAGGGGAAGAGAGUAUUGAGGAAGUUCCAGUACCUCUUGAAUCCUCGACAAGUUUAUAACCUAUCUAAUGGAGGACCUUCACCAGGACUCCAUUUCUUCCGAAACCUUCAUGACUACAGAAUCUUGGUCUGUGGAGGAGAUGGCACUGUUGGUUGGAUUCUAGAUGCCAUUGACAGAGCAGAUCUGCCAGUACGUCCUCCAGUGGCUGUCCUUCCUCUGGGUACAGGGAAUGAUCUGGCCCGCUGUCUUCGCUGGGGAGGAGGAUACGAUGGCUCUGACCUAAGUGAGAUCCUGAAAGAGAUCGAGGGUAGUUUGUUGGUGCACAUGGACCGCUGGAGUGUGCAGGUGAUACCAGACAACCCCCAGGAUGUAGGAGAUCUUGUGCCCUUUGAGAUCAUCAACAAUUACUUCUCCAUUGGAGUGGAUGCCUCCAUUGCACAUCGCUUCCAUUCAAUGAGAGAAAAGCACCCCCAGAAGUUUAAGAGCAGGGUAAAGAAUAAACUGUGGUAUUUUGAGUUUGCCACAUCGGAAACCAUCUCUGCAUCUUGCAAGAAGCUUAAGGAUUGUCUGACUAUUGAGUGUUCUGGGAUGCUCCUGGACCUGAGCAGUCUGUCUUUAGAGGGCAUAGCUGUGGUCAACAUACCCAGCAUGCAUGGUGGCUCAAACCUGUGGGGUGAGCCCAAAAAGGCAGACAGGCAGAAUGUAUCUGAGGAGAAGCUUUAUGAGGUUAUCACUGACCCUGAGGCUUUGAAAAUGAGUUCACAGGACUUUAGUGACAGGCGUUUGGAGGUUGUGGGGUUGGAGGGGGCAAUGGAGAUGGGCCAGAUCUACACAGGGCUGAAGAGUGCUGGGCGCAGACUGGCCCAAGCCUCCCAGAUAACUAUAAAGACACAUAAAGCUUUGCCCAUGCAGAUUGAUGGUGAGCCCUGGAUGCAGCCCCCAUGCACUAUCCACAUCUCUCACAAGAACCAAGCAAACAUGCUGAUGGCUGCGCCUGCUAAGUCAUCAAGCUUCUUCCACCUUAAGUAGACCGAAACGUCAGGAACGACGUUUAUACCAGGCAUAGUAGCAUCUACUCAACCUGGUCAAGGUCUACAGUGCACAUGGAGGAAGAUAAACUUACGACUUAUAGAUGUUGACCAAUUAUUUGGAGGGUUAGGGUUACAAGAAUAAUAAAUAAAAAAAAGUGAGAUCCCAAAGGAGGUCAAGGGGAGCUUAGGUCCAACUCUUAAAGUUAGUGAUGGUAUUCAGAGUACUAAUGUGUGCUACUGUUUUAUUAAAUAAUUCCAUAGUAUUUUAUCAUGUUUCUAACUAAUAUUUUCAUCCCUUUGUUGUUUUGUUUUCUUUCUAUCUUGGAAAGCUAUUUUUGAGUUGACCAGUUCUAGGCAAUUUUCUUUUUACUGUAUCAGUUAUGAUUAACACUGUGAGACAGUCAUCUUUGUGUGAUUUUAGUAGGCUAUAUAUGUAUAGUAAGUAUAGUACAUACUUUUACUGUGGUGAAUCUAUAAGUUCAUAUGACUUCUUCAGCAUGUUUUAUUCCACAGUUGUUAAGACAGCUGGCAGCAUUGUGUGACCUUCAGAGGCUCACUUAACAACUUGUCACUAAACCCCUCCUUCAUUUUGGCACACAGCUAUCUUUCUGCUCACAAUAUCAAAACAAUAUAUGAUUGUUAGAUAUAGAUAUAUAAUAUCAAGAUAUUUAUAUAUGACUGAUAUGAUUUUAUAAUCUCAUUUGAUAGUUAAUAAAAAUGUACAGAAGUGUACAGCUUUUGAGUAAGUGUUGUUUGCUGUUAAGAGAGUAUUGUUUUUAUGUGUACAGUAACUAUAUCUUUUGCAGCAGAUAUUGAUAGUAGCUUAAUCUCAAUGCCAGCUCUAGGAGGGGAAAUAGGUUUAUGUGACUGAAUGUGGUUUUAUACAGGGUGACAGGGUGGCAGUGACCAAACUAUCCAACUCGUGUUGUGUCCUCUUUAGAAUGUUUGUUCAUGUUUGGUUCGUGGGUCUCCUUAAAGCAUGGAGCUCAGUCACAGAUCUUGUUAUCGACCUCUGGCUUAUCGAAGCUCUGGCUCCUUGACAACAACUCUCUAUGAUGUGUACAUCAUGAAAGAAUAACAUUUUAAUUGGGAUCAUCGUGUGAUAAUGUGUAGGUAGACCUGCAGUCCAAAAAGGCCAGACAGUAAUGGAAUGAGUAAUACUGUAGUAAUACUGCAGAAGAUAUCAACUUGCAAAAACACCCUCUUUGAUGCCUAUGUAUUACCAUCGACCCUAUAAUCUCCUUGUUUGUCCCCUUAGUAUGCUUUCCUGCGGUAGUGCAUGUGGUAGACAUUUUUUUGAAAGCUGAUGUUACCGUGCCUCACUUUGUGGAAACAUGUGGUUAGUAUUUAGCAACUGCACCUACAUGCUGCCUUUACUUCUUAUUCAGCCAUUUCUUUCGCAGUUUCACCAAAAUCAUUCCACUCAUCCAACCCCUACCCAUGUCUCUUUCCAACCCCCUCACACUUCCCUCUUCAUUCUUCUUCCAUCUGUCUGACAUGGCCCUAGUCGUGUCUAGGGGUGGGGAAUUGCCUUUGUAACUCAAGCUUGCCAUCUCACAUGCCCACUCACUGCCACAGACAUAUAAAUAUGGGCUCUUGGUGCCUCUACCCAGACAUACAGGCCAGCAUCAGCUAUGCCAGCUGAAAUCUGCUACUGGCUACAUUUGAUCACAUGGAACAAAUGUUCUAACAGCUACUGGGCAGACUAGACGAGUAUGAUCAAGACUAACCUUAAUAAGCUUCAGCUUGCCCAGAAUAGGGCAGCCAGAGUAGUACUCUACAUAAACAUAUAUAACGCAAAUGCACUAAUGUGAGAGGUGAAAAGUACUACAGACUUACAAUUAUCCUGGUGAAGUACAAAUUAAAUUAAAAUGUGCUGACUUGGACUGAUUUGUCAAGGUCAAGGUAAAACAUUUAAUGGCCAUUAUAGUUUCUAUAUAGUGUUUUAGUCAGUAUUGUUUUGUAAUUCUACUAACUUGAUUAGUGCUUUGAAUGUGUAUACUGUAGUGUGUAGAUAGUUUUUUGUAACUCUUCCGUCUUUCAGUUCUAAUGUAAUGUGUAUUUUGUUGACUGUUUAAGUCCUUUCACUAUAUAGGCUUUAUCUAGCUUGUCUAUCUGCUGAUCAUCAAGCAAUAAAACGACAUACUAACCCAU